UUCCCGGCUUGCCUCACUGUCCGAGAUCUGCUGGUCCGAGAUCUGCGGGUCCUCCUGCGCCGACUCAAUUUCCCAAAGUACACCUGGUGCUGGUGGACAUACACAGCUAAUAGACUUAGUGACCGACUGGACUCCGUUUCCCGGCGUGCAUGAGGCCGCUCACCGAGUGGCUGCGACUACAUUUCUGAGGUACACUGAACGGUGAGAGGCUCACCGUUGCCGCAUUGGAGGAAGUGUGCGACUCUGACUUGGCCUCCCAAAGUGCUUCUGGGUCCGCCGUGGGCACAGUGGAUCGAUUUAUUGCCCAGGACCCUAUUUCUCGACGGGCAGCGCGACCCAUCAUCUCCACGGUCUAUUCUGAAGCCUUUGCGGACUCCACUUCCCGGCGUGCCACGCGGCUCUCUCUGGGCCGAGGGCGGUGACGGAGGCGCGGAGGGCAGGCGGACUGCAUCUCCCGGUGUGCCCCGCGGCGGGCGCUGGGCCGGAGCCGGAGCCCGAGCGGCGCGGCCUGGAAGAGGCCGGAGGCCGGGGAAGGCGGCGGCAGCGGCGGCAGCUCGGGCAGCCCGAGCCCCGCGGCCUGGGCCUGCGCUCGGUGCCAUGAGCGGCGGCGCGCCUUCAGGGGGUGGCCCUGGGGGCUCGGGCCGGGCGCGGACCAGCUCGUUCGCGGAGCCAGGAGGCGGCGGCGGCGGCGGCGGUGGCGGCCCCGGGGGCUCGGCCUCCGGCCCGGGCGGCAGCGGCGGCGGGAAGGCGUCAGUCGGAGCCAUGGGUGGGGGCGUGGGGGCCUCAAGCUCCGGGGGUGGCCCCAGCGGCAGUGGCGGAGGAGGCAGCGGCGGUCCCAGCGCGGGCACCAGCUUCCCGCCGCCGGGAGUGAAGCUGGGCCGUGACAGCGGCAAAGUGACCACAGUGGUAGCCACUCUAGGCCAAGGCCCGGAUCGCUCCCAGGAGGUGGCUUACACAGACAUCAAAGUGAUUGGCAAUGGCUCAUUUGGGGUCGUGUACCAGGCACGGCUGGCAGAGACGAGGGAACUGGUAGCCAUCAAGAAGGUUCUUCAAGACAAGAGGUUUAAGAACCGAGAGCUGCAGAUUAUGCGGAAGCUGGACCACUGCAAUAUCGUGAGGCUGAGAUACUUUUUCUACUCCAGUGGGGAGAAGAAAGACGAGCUUUACCUAAACCUGGUGCUGGAAUACGUUCCCGAGACAGUGUACCGGGUGGCCCGCCAUUUCACCAAGGCCAAGUUGACCAUCCCUAUCAUCUAUGUCAAGGUGUACAUGUACCAGCUCUUCCGGAGCUUGGCAUACAUCCACUCCCAGGGCGUGUGUCACCGCGACAUCAAGCCUCAGAACCUGCUAGUGGACCCUGAUACCGCUAUCCUCAAGCUCUGCGAUUUUGGCAGUGCAAAGCAGCUGGUCCGGGGAGAGCCCAACGUCUCCUACAUUUGUUCUCGCUACUACCGCGCCCCAGAGCUGAUCUUUGGAGCCACUGAUUACACCUCGUCCAUCGAUGUGUGGUCAGCUGGCUGCGUGUUGGCCGAGCUCCUCCUAGGCCAGCCCAUCUUCCCCGGGGACAGCGGGGUAGACCAGCUGGUGGAGAUCAUCAAGGUGCUGGGAACACCAACCCGGGAGCAGAUCCGAGAGAUGAACCCCAACUACACGGAGUUCAAGUUUCCCCAGAUUAAAGCUCACCCCUGGACAAAGGUGUUCAAAUCCCGAACGCCGCCCGAGGCCAUCGCACUCUGCUCUAGCCUGUUGGAGUACACACCGUCCUCGAGGCUCUCCCCACUGGAAGCCUGUGCCCACAGCUUCUUUGAUGAACUGCGAUGUCACGGAACCCAGCUCCCCAACAACCGCUCGCUUCCCCCGCUCUUCAAUUUCAGUCCUGGCGAACUCUCCAUCCAGCCAUCUCUCAACGCCAUUCUCAUCCCUCCUCACUUGAGGCCCCCGGGGGGCACGGCCACCCUCACCCCAUCCUCACAAGCUUUAAGUGAGACUCAGACCAGCUCAGAAUGGCAGUCAACCGAUGCCACAGCUCCCCUCACUAACUCUUCCUGAGGGCCCCGCCAACUACCCUUCCAUCUGGGAGCCCCGAGUGGGGCUGGGAAGGGGGGGGGCACAGCCCAUCAAACUCCUGCCCUGGCUGGGCCCCUAGACUAGAGGGCAGAGGUAAAGAGUCCCUGUACCCGCCUCCUGGGCCUCCCUCACCAGCCUCACCCCUAUGGUGGGCUUUUUAAGAGGAUUUUAACUGGUUGUGGGGAGGGAAGAGAAGGAAGGAUGGAUGGGGUUGGGGGGCAUGAGGACCUCUUACCCCCUUGGCCCCGGCCCCUCUCCCCAGGCCUCCACCUCCUCCAACCGCCCUCCCCUCCUGUGUCCCUUGUAAAUAGCACCAGACCAGCCCCUCUCCUCUUCCCUUUCCUGGCCCCCCGGUGUAAAUAGAUUGUUAUAAUUUUUUUCUUAAAGAAAAUGUCGAUUCGCACCAUCCAACCUGGCCUUUCCCCCUCCUACAGCUGUGUCCCCCUCCGACAGCUGUGUUCCCUUAUUAUCCUCUGCCCUAGGUCUCCUCCCUCCUCUCCUCACCCUGGAGGGCUAGGGGGCGGAGUGGGGGGCGCUCCUGAUGUCUUAGUUUCCACAGUAAGGUUUGCCUGUGUACAGACCUCCGUUCAAUAAAUUAUUGGCAUGAAAACCUG